AUGAAUAAGCUCACCUUAUUAUUACUCGCCCUUUUCUCUAUUAUCGUUAUUGUUAGCGGCUAAGAUGAACUACGUGAUCUAAGUGAUAAGAGAGAUCUUCUCGAUGGUAAACUUCCCCGUCUGUUUCCCUGGGCAACGAGAUAUUGGCCUGAUCUGAUGAUUAAGACAUUGCCAAGGAGACAAGAGAAAUUAUCGAGAAUAUCUAAGGGCCCUAAGAAUUUUAGAAACUACAUCUUUGAUUUCAUUGAGAAGCUAAUCCAUGAAACUCCACUAGUGAUUCAACAUUCUCUUAAUUUCAAUAAUUUUAGCUAAAAUCUUUUAGUCUUGCUAUUUUAAUUAUUCAUUUCCCGUAUAAAAUGGUAUUAACUACAACAAUUAUUCUUAUGA